UGUCAGUGCAGCGUGUGCGUCGCGCAGUCUCAUCUGCCUCACUUCCCUGGGUCGUACCGCUUUUUCGGUUGAACCACAAGAAACAUCGUACGGAGCAACAAACCGUCCUCCCGCUAGCGCAUAUAAGGGAAACCCCAAUAGGAAGCUCCCUAAAUCGUAAGCCUCUGACAGUAGAAUAAGUUCCUGAAUUUACCUACGUCGCUCUCAGAAGCUGCGUGCGGCCGUCGGUCGAUCAUGGGCACCUUGACUCAAAGACCUCCGUUCGGUGACGGACUUUCCCGUCCAUUUUUUGGAGGAUUUUCCUUCAAGCAUCGCUCGGCAUCCCCUGCCCGCAGGAAACUGUUCCCAGACUCCCCAGUAAGAAAAACCUCUGCUUCUCAGCCUCCAGCCGUGUAUGGGAACGGUCCUCUCUACAAGUCUACCACAACGUACUCCUAUGCUCCGUCUUCAGUGAGUGAUGGCUUACCUCCUCGUAAAUUUUCUGGCUUGAUUUCGUCCCUCGAGGAAACUUCGCGUCGUUCUUCCCGCGCCACUUCGCCGUUCGAUGAUUUCAACAGCCGCCGAAGCUCUCGAGCCACGUCGCCAUUUUCUGAAGAAAAUUUUGGACGUCGACGCAGCCGUGGAUACACAAGAACUUCGUACAGGGAGUCGUCGCCAUUUGACGAUGAUAUCACAUCCUACGCUCGAUCAGAGUCUCCCAUGCAAAGUUUCAUUGACUCGCUCAGGUCCCGGACGCCAUCACCGUCUGGACGGAGACCCUCGCGAGAGUCUCCCACUCGGCGGCGAUCGUCAUCUGCUUUCUCCGAUGCUGCGAUCCGCCGCAUGAACAAUUCUCCGUACGCCACCCUGCCGCGCAGGCGCUCCCAGUCGCCGGAUUUUCGAGCCAUGUCCCUGACUCCGGAGUCGGGGCCUUCGUCACUUCCAGGGGCAACCCGCCGUGCGACCUCCGUCGACAUCUCCAGCGAUUCGCCUUCAGCAAGAGCCAACGGUGAGCGCGUGGACCGAGCCAUAGCCAUCCUGCGUCAGCUCAGCGAGGAGUGGACGAUCAACGCUGAAAAAGAGGAAAGUGAGAACAAAGUCGAACAGCUGAACGACAAGAUCGCAUACUACAACUACUUCAAUCGUAGUUCUCGGCCUGCCUACCGCCGCAGCAGCAGCACCAACUCACACAACUAUAACUACGUGGUACCUCAAACUCCUUCUCAAACCCAGAAGCCCGACCAACUUAUCAAAAACGAUCAAGUUCGCUCCAAGAUAAAAGAAGACGCGCUUGCAAUUGCCAGCGAACUCAUCGAGAUCGCCAACCGUCGAAGCCCGAGUCGUAGUCCAAGCCCUCCUAAAUUUUACGCAAAGCAAAAGUCACCUUUUGACUAUCCCGACAAUAGGAGUGACUCAGCUAAAGCUUCCAACGGAUAUCCAAGCACCAAUUUAAACGGUUAUAACAAAGAUUCCCCAGGUUACAUCAAAGGAUACCAGCCUCUUCAGUUUGCGAAACAUUCAGCUUAUAAUUUCAGCAAGCCGGGUCUGAACGGUCCUCUUACUGCACCUCCACGUCUCGACGAGAAACAGAAGACUUUCCUGCCCUUCACUUUCCCCGAGCAGUUCCCGUACAAAAUGCCUGCAGGCUUCACCACCAACGGGGUUACCUCGCCAUCGGCGCUACCUCCAGUCUCGUCGCGGAAAUUCAGCGAGGAGAACAAUUUCCGUCGUCCUCUCGCAACUCUGCACGAGGACGAGGUGAUGGCUCGUCGUCGCUACAGUGAAGAUGUCCGCAAGAACUACCACGACACUUCUGAGGUAGCCGACGAGCUGUACCGCCACCAGCGACGCAUGUCUGAGGCCGGCGUCAGGAAGCACUCAGAUGCUUCAAUUGUUCUCACUGAAGACACCGAUCAGUUCAUGAUUGGCCAGCGAGUGUGGGUUGGAGGCAGUAAGCCCGGUGUCAUUUCCUUCAUUGGAGAAACGCAAUUCGCUCCUGGAGAAUGGGCCGGAGUUACACUUGAUGAACCUAAUGGUAAGAACGAUGGCUCAGUGGCCGGCGUGCGUUACUUCCAAUGCGAGCCAAAGAAAGGCGUAUUCUCGCGCCUCACGCGCCUAUCCCUCGUGUGUCUGUACGAGGAGUACAUGGAUCGUGAUCCUCACGAACCUUCAUGCGCCCGCAGCAGCCUCAGCCCUGCCCGUAGUAUUUCUUCGUCAGGAGCAGGUCGCUCUUCAGUCACCCCCACACGGAAAGUCUCGCCCCCUGCCAGUGUCAAGUCCGCAGCCACCCCGUCUGUCAAGUCCACACCCAUGGCUGCGCCCACCGGUGCAAGCGUUGCCCGGAAAGCCUCGAGUAGCACUCCUGCUGCUCCGAGUCUGACCUCGUACGGCCAGCUUAGUGUAGGUGACCGUGUGGUGGUGAACAGCAAGAGCGGCGUGAGGGUUGGUCUGCUCAGACACCUCGGCCGCACUGAGUUCGCUGAUGGACUCUGGGCUGGCAUCGAACUCGAUGAACCCGCGGGCAAGAAUGAUGGAUCAGUUGCCGGAAAAAAAUACUUCACGUGCAAGCCGCUGCACGGACUCUUCUCACCCAUCCAGUGCGUGAGUCGCCUAACAGGAACCACAACACCGCGGCGCGCCUCGGCCGCGUCGCGCUUGCCAUCUUCAUCUCUUCGGCGCUCCAACAGCAGGGAGAGCUUGGGUGGGCAGAGCGUCACGUCUAGUGUCGGUGCCUCGAGCGUCGCUUCUUCUAUUGCGCGUCCCACAUUCAGGAAACCGAGCUAUGGAGGCAUCAACACUGCAGCCCGAGCCAACAAAGCCCUUCAGGCCCGAGAAGACGACCCUGAUCUUGAAGGCUUCUAUUGAACUCCGGCGCCACGUCAACUGAUUCCGGAGAUGAGCUUCAGACCGUGGCAUCAAAAUUGGCUUAUUCGUCCAAAUUAAAAUUUUUGAUUCCUUAUGUGGAUGGUUCAGCAUUUGCGCUGUUCAUUUUCUGUGCUGUUCAUUCAUAUAGGCAAACUGAUUUUUUUUGAAGGAAAAACCAAGUAUUUAACUGGCACUCGAUGCUUGAGAAAAAAUUUUAAUCUAAUACCGUAAUUCUUAUAAAUGUAGCUCCUUCAAAUGGGCCAUGAUUUCGUUUUGUGGAUAUUCCAUGACUCUUUACGAAAUGUAGUACCGGUACUAGGUACCUAUUGUUCAUUUGUUAUGGAUGAGCCUCGUGAAACACCAUACUACCAAGUUUACUCUAACUACGGUAUUAAGGGAAACGUGUAUUGUAAUACCGCUAACGAUGUGAUGUGCCUCGUAAAAGUUAUUGCUUUACACCAGUAGUUCUGAAAUGCUUUUCAUAAACUAUUGAAAUUUUGUUUUGCAAUUGCGCAAGUUUUCAUCUCCGAAUGAUCGUUUUUUCGGUAUAUAUAAUUUUUGUAGGUUAUUCGUGACUCCAACACUUUCUUGGAUUUUAUCUGUCUAUUUUUUCUUUAAACGUUUUCUUACAAAAGCAUUGCAUUUUUUGAAUAAAGUGGUAUGUAUAUAUUGUACAUAGAAAUCGCAUGCGCACAGUUUUUAGCUUUACGGUAUAUGAGUUAAUUAGUUUCAUACGUAGUUUGUUCCUUGAUUCGUGGUUAUUCUGUCUUCUAGAAUUUUGGAUUUUUCAUGACAAUUUAACAUUUUUGGGUACGUUUUAUAAAUACCGGUUCAGAUCUGGAAUUUUGCUCGUAUUCGAUGAAUUUUAGUAUGAUUUGUUUGAAAAUCUUGGCACUGUAAUUUUAAAAUACGUUUCAAAAGUAAUUUCUUUAGUGGUUGAAUUUGUUAUUUCGGAAAAUUUUUUAUUUUAGAAUGUACUCUUUACUCCUGUUUCAAAUAGAAAGCACUCGAAUGAUUGUUGCUGAACUGGGUCGUGUUUAACUCUCAGUGUACGUUUUUAUUUCGAUUUAUUAAGAUCUGAACUGAAUAAUGGAUUCUGUACUAACUUUUGUUUUUAAGUUACUAGACUUUGUCUAUGCACUGUAGUACUCUAUGGUUCUUGAUUGUACUCGUACCAAGUUGGGGAACUUUACGUAUAUUUUCAAUAUCUUAAAGUUGUUUCUAUCAAAUCAUUUCAUUGAUAACUAAGAAACGCAAAUAAUAAAAUCUCCAAUUUCGGCCGUGAUUGGUAAUUUUUAAUUAUG